AUGCCAUCUACAUCCAGAGGUGGCUUCAAAGGCUCAACCACUGCCAGGUAUGUCAAAAGUGAAAAUCGCAAUGGUAAAUUCAAAACUUCCGAGUUUAGGAACCGGCAACACGCGCCGGUUGACCCCCAUGUAGCAAAUAACCCCAUGCUCAAUGACUCGAUACAAAGAAAAGAGUUGGUGUCCCGGAUAGACCACAUGGACUCGUUGAUGGGGUUUGACCGGUUGGAGCACGGAGAAAAUGACGGAAAUAAACCACGCAAAGGGUGGUUGAUUAAUAUGCAUGCCACAACGAUACCGAGCCAGAGCUACCUUACUGGAUACUCAGGGGUGGACUACUACUUUCUCGAUAAAGAAGGAGGAAGCUUCAAAGCUACUUUGCAGUAUGAUCCGUACUUUUUUGUUGACAUCUUGAGCAAUGAGUUCGAAUCUGAAAUUGAAGAAUGGUUGCGGAAAUUUUUGGAGAGCUGCCACGUAAAGAGCUUUGGCAGCGUCAUCAAGGAAGACUUGUCCUUGCCCAACCAUUUGCUAGGCUUGAAAAAGAGUCUCAUCAAGUUGACCUUCCACAAUAUCAAUGAUCUCCUAGCUGCGAGACGAAUGCUUGUCCCCAUAGUCAAGGAAAACCAGCUAAAUAAAGAGUCAAGAGAUGUGUACACCAUGGCUAACGAUGUCGAUGCUAGCGACCCCUCGAAAUUGAUCUCCGACAUCAAGGAAUACGAUGUCCCCUACCAUGUUCGAGUCUCGAUAGACAAAAAUGUCAGGGUGGGCAAAUGGUACAAUGUCUAUGCCAAGCAUUCCAAAGUGGAACUUGUUGAGGACAAGACGUUGAUUGCAUUUGCCGAUCCCGUGGUGCUAGCGUUUGAUAUCGAAACCACCAAGGCACCUUUGAAAUUCCCCGAUGCCAAGAUCGAUCAAAUCAUGAUGAUAUCGUACAUGAUUGACGGGGAAGGAUAUCUCAUCACCAAUAGAGAAAUCAUCUCGGAAGAUAUCCAAGAUUUCGAGUAUACUCCAAAGCCAGAGUACCCUGGUUUAUUCACCAUUUUCAACGAACAGGACGAAAAACACGUUUUGUUGAGAUUUUUUGAGCACAUUCGUGAUGUACGACCUACAGUCAUUGCCACUUUCAAUGGUGAUUUCUUUGAUUGGCCCUUUGUUGAAAACCGAGCGAGAUUUCACGAUCUCGACAUGUUUGAUGAGAUUGGAUUCGCCAAGGACAAUGAAGACGAAUACAAGUCCAAAUACUGCGUCCAUAUGGACUGUUUCCGAUGGGUCAAGCGUGAUUCGUACCUUCCACAGGGUUCACAGGGUCUAAAAGCGGUGACCAAGGCCAAGUUGGGGUACAACCCUACAGAGUUGGACCCGGAGUUAAUGUGCCCUUAUGCCUACGAAAAGCCUCAGCUUCUUUCCGAGUACUCGGUUUCCGAUGCAGUGGCGACAUAUUAUUUAUACUACAAGUACGUUCAUCCAUUCAUCUUUUCAUUGUGUACCAUCAUUCCCUUGAACCCAGACGAAGUGCUCCGCAAAGGUACAGGUACUCUUUGUGAGAUGUUGCUUUCGGUUCAAGCUUACCAAGGCAACAUCUUGCUACCGAACAAGUAUACCGACCCCAUUGAGAGGUUUUAUGAUGGUCAUUUGUUGGAAUCGGAAACAUACGUCGGUGGACAUGUUGAGUCGCUAGAAGCCGGCGUGUUUAGAAGUGACAUCCCGACGCAUUUCAGAGUUGACCCAACAGCAAUCGACGAGCUUCUAGGUAACCUCCACAACUCGAUCAAAUUCUGCAUAGAGGUGGAAAAUAACAAAAAGAUGAAAGACGUGGACAACUUUGAUGAGGUCUACAACGAAAUCAAAACAGCUUUGCUAGACUUGCGGGACCGCCCAGUGAGAACUGAGAAACCGUUGAUUUACCAUGUGGAUGUCGCGUCGAUGUACCCUAACAUCAUGACGUCGAAUCGGUUACAGCCAGACUCGAUGAUAUCCGAAGAAGACUGCGCUGCUUGCGAUUUCAAUCGGCCAGGUAAAAACUGUGACAGGAGAUUACCGUGGUCAUGGCGAGGCGAGUAUUACCCAGCGGAGAUGAACGAGUACAAUAUGAUCAAAAGGACGUUGCAGAAUGAAGUGUUUCCCGGACAAAAACCAUGGUUACCCGAAAGGACAUUUGAUGAGCUCACAUAUGCUGAGCAGGCCUCAGCUAUCAAAAAGAGAAUUAGUGCAUAUUCGACAAAAGUCUACCAUCGGGUCAAGCAAAGUAAAGUUGUUACACGAGAAGCCAUCAUUUGCCAAAGAGAGAACCCCUUUUAUGUCGAUACUGUGCGAAGCUUUAGGGACCGAAGGUACGAAUUUAAAGGUUUGGCCAAGGUCUGGAAAAGCAAAGUAAACAAGAUUGACCAGUCCAAUACCAUUGCGAGAGAUGAAGCAAACAAGAUGGUUGUCUUGUAUGACUCUUUGCAGUUGGCACACAAGGUCAUCUUGAACUCCUUCUACGGUUAUGUCAUGAGAAAAGGAUCAAGAUGGUACUCGAUGGAAAUGGCUGGUGUAACGUGUCUCACUGGUGCAACCAUUAUCCAGAUGGCAAGAGCACUAGUUGAACGGAUUGGAAGACCCUUGGAGUUGGACACAGAUGGUAUCUGGUGCAUCUUGCCCAAAAGCUUUCCCGAGAAUUUUCAACUCAAAUGCAAAGAUGGUAAAAAGAUUCUUUUGGAGUACCCGUGCUCCAUGUUGAACUAUUUGGUUCACAAGGAUUUCACCAAUGACCAGUACCAGGAUUUGGUUGAUCCCGACACUUUCAAGUACAAGACAAGGUCAGACAACUCCAUCUUUUUCGAAGUUGAUGGGCCGUACAAAGCGAUGAUUUUGCCCACUUCAAAAGAGGAAGGCAAGGGGUUGAAGAAAAGAUACGCCGUCUUUAAUGAGGAUGGAUCGCUUGCGGAAUUGAAAGGGUUUGAGUUAAAGAGAAGAGGUGAGUUGCAAUUGAUCAAGAAUUUCCAAUCGGACAUUUUCAAAUUGUUUUUGGAAGGAGACAGCUUGGAAUCAUGCUAUCAAGCGGUGGCUACAGUGGCCAAUAACUGGUUGGAUGUGCUCGACACCAAAGGAGGAAUGUUGGAGGACGAAGACUUGAUUGAGCUUAUUUGUGAAAAUAGAAGCAUGUCGAAGAGCUUGGCCGAAUACGGGGAUCAAAAAUCCACCUCCAUCACAACGGCGAGGAGACUAGGCGAGUUUUUGGGCGAGGACAUGGUCAAAGAUGCCGGGUUGGCAACAAAAUACAUUAUAAGUGCCAAGCCUCUAGGUGCGCCAGUUACCGAAAGAGCCAUCCCCGUUUCCAUCUUUUCGUCAGAAAAGAAGGAAUUUUACAUGAAGAAAUGGUUAAAGGAUCCAUCGUUGUCGAAAUUCAGUCCGAGGGACGUUAUCGAUUGGGAAUAUUACUAUGAGAGAUUGGCCUCGGUUGUUCAAAAGAUUAUAACCAUUCCCGCUGCGUUGCAAAAUGUCAAGAACCCUGUUCCAAGAGUUGCCCACCCGGAUUGGUUAAAGAAAAAAGUGGAGCAAAAGGCCAACUCUAAGCAACAAACUUCCAUCUCUACGUUUUUCGGUUCCGGGACAACAGACCAAGUCAAGAUUAAGGAUAUUGAAGAUUUUGGAGAAAUCGAUGGCGAGGCAGCAGCAGCAGCAAAGGCGAAAAUCCAGAGCGUGAAAUCACGCAAGAGGAAAGUAGGCAAGGCCCAGUUGGCUUUAGACACAGAAGCAGAAGAAAGGAAUCAAGCGGUAUUGAAUGGGCCGUGUCCUUUGAUGACGGAAAAUUAUCAUGGCUUUUUGAAUUAUCAAAAGGCAAAAUGGAUGAACCAGUCUUGUGAACGGGACAGGAGGAAAAGACUAUUUGGAAGCCAAGCGCAAAGUGCGCAACGAUCAACGGUGGGUGGCAUGUUUAGAAAGCAAGCUGAGAAUCUUGCAGGUACCAAAUGGGAGAUAUUGGAGUAUAAGCCGGACCCAUUGAAGCCCGGUGAUUUGAAAGUUUACGUUUCUGCCUCGGACAAGAUCCACACCUUUAAUUUUCAUGUCCCCAAAAAAGUGUAUGCUUCUUUCAAGGCCCCGCUCACUUCAAGACAGACUAUCCCUGGUUGUGAAAUUGAAUCCUCAAAUGCCAUCUUGCCCAAUGGACACGAUAGUAUUAACUUGUACAAGUUGACAAUGCCUCAACCAGUUUUUCAAGAGCAAAUGUCCAACGUGGAAAGUGUAUUGCAGAGCUCUAGUAUAUUGGGAAUCUACGAGAGCCAGAUCUCGGCAGUCGAGAGAGCAGUGAUUGAUUUGGGCAAUUCUGUCAAAUUCGAUGACACCAAAGUCGGUGCGUUGGGCAAAGGAUUGAAGAAUGGGUUCAACACAAAGGAGUUGCUCAAGGUGGAAUCUGAAAAUUACUUGAAGAGAUUUGAUAUGGACAUUGUCUAUUUACUCCACAUUGUCACUAGCAGCUACGAGUAUUAUGCUAUUUUCAAAUCAUGGGACAAUCACUGCGUCAUGUUUGUGUUGAAGCCCACUUUGAAUGCACAGGAGUUGCCUGCUAACUUUCACAAGAUAUACUCCGAGCUAUAUCAAGAGAAGAAGGACAGAUUGGAUAGAGUGAGAAGGAUUCUCGAGUAUCCUCUGGAAAUGUCGAGCGAAAUCUCGUACUACCAUGACAAGCUUAAAUUGUUUCAAAAAUUGAACCGUGCAAUUGGGAAGUUGCACGAGAGCAGAAGCAACAAGUCCCUAUUUGCAAUCCAGUCCCCUUACGCUGACAAAGUUCUUAAUGGGUUGAGUUCCACACUGGACUUUCCCACCGUGAAAAUGGCAAGCAGUGAGCUCUCAUUGCCUGCGGUGGGUUGGCAAAAUCUAAUCUCGAAAAGAGUAGUCAAUCACUACUUUGCUUUGGGCUCUUGGAUCCAAAACUUGAUAGCUUUGGCCAAAUAUGGUGGCGUUCCGUUAUGUAAUUUGCAAAUUCAAAACGUUGGAUAUUUGAUCGAUAUCGAGUAUGCAAGAAGAUUGACGGAAAACAACAUUGUUUUAUGGUGGUCCCCCAACUUGUUACCUGAUCAUGGCGGGUUUGAAAAUGAUCGCGCUAUAAACCCUGAGAACUUGGAGUUUCCCGUCAUCAACAACCCCGAGAUUUACGAAACCGCGUGCUUGGAGGUUGAGAUUGGCACGCUUACCAUCAACACCAUCUUGACGAGCUCGUUGAUCAAUGAAGCCGAGGGAACUGAUUUAGCUGACGACUCGGUGCAAUACGACGACAACAACAACAAUGGCGCAACUUCGUUUGCCGUUGAUACUUUUUCAACCCCGGCUCUAGUAAUAUUGCGAGCCAUGGUGAAAGAUUGGUGGGAUGAUGCAUUGGCAAACAACUCCAAUGCUGACUCAGUGAUGAACGCGUUGAUUGCAUGGGUGCAGAAGAGGGACUCGUAUCUCUAUGACCCAUCGUUGCAUUACCACGUCCAUAAUUUGAGUUGCAAGGCGUUGAUGCAGUUGGUGAAUGAGUUCAAGAGAAUGGGAUCGCAAGUGAUAUUUGCGACUCGGACAAAAUUGAUUCUUGAAACAUCCAAAAUAUCAGUGGAAAACUCUUAUGCAUACGGUCAAUACAUCUUGAAAGCAGCAAGGUCCAAGCCGCUUUUCAAUUUUCUCGACUUGAACAUUGUCAAGUACUGGGACUUGUUAAUCUGGAUGGACGAAUUCAACUAUGGUGGACGAAGCUGUCUUGAAAUCACCAGCGAGGAACAACAGAGUCUAGUCGUUGAAAAUGUCUGGCAAUUGAAGCAAUACUUGCCUAUUGUGUUCCGAGAAGAGUUUGAUGAUUGGCUCUUGAUAUUUUUGGACGCCUUGUUUCAACACAAGCAGACGCAUUUGAUGGGAAUUGGCAACACGCAAUCUGCAACUCAGACUCCAACGCCGAGGGUCACUCAGAUUAUGCACAUUCUCAACGGGCAAAAGAAAUUGCAGACCAAGGAAAUCAAUGAAGAGGACUUGAACGAGGGCGUUGUUGAGCAUUUCAGAAAACCAUUGCUCAAGAGAGUUGAAAAAUUAUAUCGUCGUCAAAUUGAGGCAAUCUUGAACCCCGAGUUCAAGAUGGAAUACGAGUUCCCCACGCUCCCUGGCUCGCACCUUUCAAUGCGCAACCCUGCGCUUCAGCUUGUCAAGUUUAUUUGCGCCGUUUUCCAACUCACAAAGAGAAGAAACAUUGAAAUGAGGGUCUUGCGCAAGGAGUUGUUGCAAGUGUUUGACGUGAAGGAGUUUAGCAAGCAGGCCAUCUUUACAAACCCGAGCACAUCGCUCAUCAUCCCGCAUGUCAUUUGCGACUAUUGCAAUCAAAUUCGCGAUCUCGAUGUGUGUCGAGAAGAUGUCGACAAUGUGUGGAGCUGCACGUCGUGCCGCAAACCAUAUAAUAAGAUUGCACUUGAAGAGGAAAUCAUUGCCCAGUUCACGCAACUUUUCGCCGAUUUCUAUAAUCAGGAUUUAAAAUGCGACAAGUGCUCAACUAUUAGGAAACGCAACUUGGACUUGUUUUGCAAUUGUUCUGGUAACUGGGUUGAAACUAUUACUUACGAAGAAGUUGAUAAACGUGUACUGAUUUUUCAGAAUGUUGCCAAUUUUUACAAUUUGCAGCUUCUCAAGGGUUGGAUUGAGGAAGUCUUAUAG